CCGCGCUGGAGCCGCGAGCAGCGGCGAGCCAGCGCCAGGGCCGGCCGAGCCUUGUCCGGAGCCCGGAGCCCUGCGCGGGGCAGCCCCCGGGGAGGAGUCUAGCCAGCUGAGACGCGUGCCGCGCGCUGGCACCGGCCAGGGCACUAACCAGGCUGCACGAACAUUGACUCCCUUUCCUCCUCACUUGUUCUACGAUGAGUGCCAAAUCUGCCAUCAGCAAGGAAAUUUUUGCACCUCUUGAUGAAAGGAUGCUGGGAGCUGUCCAAGUCAAGAGGAGGACAAAGAAAAAGAUUCCUUUUUUGGCAACUGGAGGUCAAGGCGAAUAUUUAACUUAUAUCUGCCUGUCAGUGACAAACAAGAAGCCCACACAGGCAUCUAUCACGAAGGUCAAACAGUUUGAAGGGUCCACAUCGUUCGUGCGGAGAUCACAGUGGAUGCUUGAGCAGCUUCGCCAGGUUAAUGGUAUCGAUCCUAAUCGGGAUUCUGCAGAGUUUGAUUUGUUGUUUGAAAAUGCUUUUGACCAGUGGGUAGCCAGCACAGCCUCAGAAAAGUGCACCUUCUUCCAGAUCCUCCACCACACCUGCCAGAGGUACCUCACAGACAGGAAGCCGGAGUUUAUUAACUGCCAAUCCAAAAUUAUGGGAGGAAACAGCAUCCUCCACUCGGCCGCUGAUAGCGUGACCAGCGCAGUACAGAAGGCUAGCCAGGCCUUGAAUGAGCGUGGGGAGCGAUUAGGCCGAGCAGAGGAGAAGACGGAAGACAUGAAGAAUAGUGCCCAGCAGUUUGCAGAAACUGCACACAAGCUUGCCAUGAAGCACAAAUGUUGAGAAACUGCCAUCCUGAUGACCCUCUUGAAAGCAAUGGAAGAGAAUGUUCAGCAGUUCUUAUGAGAAUUCCGAACCUCCACUUGCUUCUUUUUUCCAAUAUAUGGACAUUUAGGGUUUUUGCUGUUCAUUUUCAGAUGUUAAUAUGAAUGAAAAGGUGUUGUGUUUAUACAUUUCCCUAAUGAUCUUGCUAAGAAAUGCUACAAUAGCAUUGGUUUUAUUUUGAUUUUUCCCAGAAUGUGGGGGUGGGGGUGGGGGGCGGUAAAUUGUUCAUGUUUUUCUUUUUAAGAUGAAUUUUUUUUUGGUAGUUUGAAUAUAAAAUUUGGACCAAAUGAUAAGCCAAGCUGGGUCUCAACAGGCAACAUGUAUUUUUUUUCUCCCUGUUAUUAAGCAAGUUCAAUGUGAUGAUACCAGAUGUCAUUGUUCCUGGAUGAAAUAAAAGUCGAGCAGCGAAUGGUUUCA